AGUAGUGUGUACUUUACCUUCCAAACACUGUGAAAAUAUCGAAUGAUGUGGUAUAAUUGGCGCAAUAGCAGCGCAGGUGACGAUGAUGAUAUUUCCUAUUUAUCGUUUCUACGUUAGAGACAAUACGACGUUUAGUGCGAGUGAAAUAAAAAAAUAAAACGCUAACGAGUUUGGUGGAAAAAAAAAUUACUUUGGGUUGGAAAUGCGAGCUCGAAUGUAGUGUUUUCGUGUUACGUGGUGUUCGAGGUCUCUCGAUGUAAUUUUGCGGCGGAUUUUGUUUCGUUAGAGUAUUUUUUGUAAUCGAUUGAGUGAAGUUUUCGUGCUACGAUGGUCCAGUUUGAUCCUAGAAUCUGUGUUGAUUGUAUUUAAAUCAUCUGGUGAAAAAUGAUUCGAAAUUGUUAUGAAUUUGGAAAUUCUCCAAGAUGACCUUUAAAACUGAGACCAAUUCGAAGGACGAGAAGAACAACAGUGAUUCUCAAACACCAGCAACAGCUACCGUAACUAAUGAACGAAUAUCCACCAUAUACGACCCGAGGCAAAGAUGCUCGCCUAUACCAUCGUUUACGGCGUCAUUAUUCAGCGGACAGCAGCAUCAAGUCGACGGAGCGGACAAAAAGAAUACAUUAAUGGAGAAAAUUAAGAAGAUCACCUUCAAUCUGAGAUUGAAAAAGUGUCGGAUCAGCCGUGACAGCGAUUUAAAUAGACGUAAAAUAAAUCUCAUAUGUUGUUCCACCUUGUUGACUUGCACCACUUUGAUCAUGCUGACGGCUUUUAUUUAUUUCCUUAAUACCGUUCAGAAAACUGAAAUUAGAGAUAUCAUCGUUGACGGAGAAUUUCAAAUAUUGAACGCUAAAUUCGACUACGAGAUGUUGGACAAACGUUCGAUGAAAUUUAGAGAGAUUUCGACUAAUUUAACGAGAGAAUUGAAUAAAUUGUUCCGAUGGAGCGACGUAGGCGAAUACUUCAAACGCAGCGAAAUACUGGAAAUAGCUCCCAAUAUGACUAUCAAAAGCAUCGUAGUUUUCCACAACAGCGAUAACAUCAACGUCGGACGUAUCGGGUUAGCUUUUUUAAGAAGUCUUAGACUGCAACAUGGACAUACGUAUUUAGGAGCACAUACCAUUAACGUGCAGUCGAUUGGAUUUCAAAUUAGAGGAGAAGAAGGCGUCUGGGGUGAAUGGUCGGAGUGGAGUGGAUGUUCUUCGAUUAACGAUACUGUUGCUACGAGGACUAGACAAUGUUAUACUAGAGAUACGUUCCAAGUGACUAAUGUCGAUCGAUGUCUGCUGAUUCCCGGUAAUAAAGGCGAUCUGGAUAUAUUACCUUGUAAAAAGUUCAAAGCUAUGGUACAGAGGAAAGAAAACGAGAUGGCGGUUCUUUUCAAAAAGAAUGAUGAUACUCUUACAACUGACGCAGAAACAAUCCAGUCGAAUACAGAAAACAGCGAAUAUUCUAGAUUAAGAUUUUAGACGAAUUUCAGUAUGAUAUACAGCUGCAUUUAAAUUUACCAAAGAUAAAAUCAAAUUUCACUAGUCUACUUGAACGUGUAUUGUUGGUCAAUUAUGUAUGAAGAUCCGAGUUGAUUUUUUUUCUGUAAUUUAUUAUGUAUUUGUAUGUGAUUCUCGCGCAGAUACGAGUAAAAUGAUUAUGUAUGUAUAUUUAAAAAUCUAUUUUCUAUUUAUGUUUAUCGGUAUUUAAAUUAUUUUUAAAAUGGAUUUGCUCGUUUAAAUCAUUGUAUAGUAUUGUAAAAAGUAUCGAAAAUUUUCAAAAUAAAAAUAAAUUUUAUAAUGAA